AUGGCAAUGAAUAGCACCCCACGAAUUGGUUACAACACCAACGACAGUGUUAGAUCUUUAAGCUGGAAUGAUGUCUCGGUGACCGUGAAACCACGCAGAGCGCAUUCACAAGACAUUCUAAGAAACGUCAGUGGCAUCGUUCAAGCCGGCGAGAUGAUGGCGAUCAUGGGACCCUCCGGAUCUGGUAAAUCGACACUUUUGAACGCUCUGAUGAAUAGGCAUAGCAACCGCUCGACGAAGAUAUCGGGCGGCCCUCGAAUCAACGGUCUGGAAGUGGAGGCGUCAUACAUGCACCAACUGUCGACGUACGUGGAACAGGACGACGCUCUUUGCGGAUCUUUGACAGUACAAGAGACGCUUCAGUUUGCGGCCCGCCUGUCGCUCAAGCUCAGUCCGGCCGACGAGCAGGCGCGUGUGAACUUUCUCCUGGACGCAUUCGGACUGAGCCAUCACGCCGGGACAAUUGUGGGCACUGCGGUUAGGAAAGGAAUCUCCGGAGGGCAGAAACGACGGGUCAGCAUUGCCGCACAAUUAAUUACAGGUCCUAAAAUCAUUCUCCUCGAUGAACCAACAUCUGGCCUGGACUCACAAGCAGCAUUUGAGAUCGUCAAGCUCGUGAAAAGAAUUACCAUGGAGUACAAGCCUUCAACGGCAAUCUAUGAGAUGUUCGACAAGAUUCUGCUGCUGACGCACGGCGUCACAGCAUUUAACGGAAGCAUCGCCGAAGUGCAACCAUAUUUUCGCGCCGUGCAAAGUCCUGUCCCCCCAUUCACUAAUCCUGCUGAGCACAUUCUUGCGUACGCAAAUACAGGUUUUGGGCAGACUUUACCUGUCGUACGGAAUGCAUGGUUGAGAUCGUCGCAGAUCCAGACGACCAACACGGAAAUGGAGUAUGCAAAUGUCAAAGCUUCAAUUGAGCCGCAGGUGCCGGAUCAACAGUCCUACGUCCGGCCGGGAUUCGUGGUGAUCACGAAAACUUUGAUCCAUCGGGCUUUCAUCAAAUCAUACCGGGACGUGGUGGCCUAUGGCAUCCGCAUGGCCAUGUAUCUUGGCCUGGCGAUCAUGAUGGGGACCAUAUGGAUUCGACUGCGCCCAGUGCAGGAGAACAUCCAAGCUCUCACCAACGCCAUUUUCUUCAGCGGCGCAUUCAUGUCGUUCAUGGCGGUUGCCUACAUCCCGGCCUUUCUCGAAGACCGCGCGCUUUUUACUAGAGAACGCGGAAACGGCCUGUACGGACCUACUCCAUUCGUUAUUGCCAACUUCCUCACGGGCGUCCCCUACCUGCUGGCUAUUGCGCUCGUCUUUUCCCUCGUUGUCUAUUGGCUGUGUAACUUCAAUCCGACGGGACACUCUUUUAUUAUCUGGACCCUCUGGCUCUUCCUCGACCUCCUUGCAGCGGAGUCGCUGGUCAUACUUAUCAGCUCGUCGGUACCUGUCUUUAUCGUGGCAUUGGCCGGGACUGCGUUCGCGAAUGGGCUGUGGAUGUGUACAGGUGGGUUCCUCGUUCGCCCUCAGACGUUGAAUCCAUUCUGGCGGUACUUGUUCCACUAUAUCGACUACCAGUCCUACGUAUUCCAAGGCAUGAUGGUCAACGAGUUUGGAGACCGAAAUUAUUCUUGUGCAGCGCAGGAAGUGGGCCGCUGCUCAUGCAUUUAUCGUACAGAGCUAGAGGAAGAGUGUUUGAUUGCUGGACGAGGUGUGUUGGAGCAGUACGGAUACGACGAUCGUCAGACUGGGACUUGGGCGGCAAUCUUGAUCACAAUAAUCGUUGUCUAUCGAGUCUUAGCAUGGGUAGUGUUGUGGGUUCGCCGGCGUUGA